GAAUAAAUACGAAUAUUUUAUUGACUGCAUCGCGCUUCACCUUCCAUCUCGUGUCGAAAAAUACUGCUCAACGCCUUGUAGGUGCCCUAAAUUUUGAUUCGUUCCUCGUCAUUCCGUUACAGCAAUCAUCACUGUAAUUUUUUGCCCCAGAAUUUAUUAAAGCAGUGGCCUUAUUCAAAGUAAAUAAUCGAGUUGACUUAUUUUUUACUGAUAACAAUUGCCUAUGAAAUCAUCUGUACUAAAAUUUGUGAACCUAUUAAAUUAUUAUUUUUUUUCUUUUAAAUGUUUUUGUAAUUUUAAACGCUAUAAAUUCUUAUCAGGCGGCCUAUAGUUUUAGGCCAAGCGGUUCCUGUAAUCAGUUGAUUCAUUCGUACUGGCUUCACUCGGCUCUCCUCCGGAUGUGAUUUGUCGACUGAAAAAUGUGGUAUCGUAUUCGCUAGUGGCCGGUAGCACGCAUCACUUUAAUAAAAUUGUAACAGUGUUUUCCUCAUAAACAUUAGUGGACGCAGUAAAUGAACGUUAUUGUGUUAAACCGUGUUCUUUGAGUGAUCGGCAAUGACGUCUCUAUCAGAUUCACUAGUGAAUAGAUCCAGAAGUAGACCAGUGUUAAGUCGUUAUAAACCAAAUAUUGGAAAUCUGGAUCAGUUACAGAGUAAACGAGAGCUGUUUUUCAAGUCGGACACUGUAAGCGGUGGCGGCGUAAGCGCGUCUGUCCCGCCUUCUGCAGCACCGCCCGCGCCUCCUUCCACGCUCAAAGAUGCGCUCAGUAAGCGCUCUGCGACGCUACCAGAGCCUCAGGAGACUAACCACGUAGAAGCCAAUGGGAUCGCCACGAAACACAGCAAUAGCGUGUCGGUAGAUGUCUCCAAGCCUCCGAGUACAGCGCCCCCGCCAACGCCUGCGCCGCCUGUACCUAUAUCUGCACCUCCCGCACCAGUACCGACACCCCUCAGGAGUACAGAGAAUAUUAUGAAGAAACCCGAACACCCACCGGUCGCGCCGAAACCAGACUUACCUAAAAUAGAAAAACCAAAAACCAAAGAACUAGAUGGCUACGUCGGUUUUGCUAAUCUGCCGAACCAAGUGUACAGGAAAGCUGUGAAGAAGGGCUUCGAAUUCACGUUGAUGGUCGUAGGUGAAUCAGGCUUGGGCAAGUCGACACUAAUAAACUCGCUCUUCUUGACGGAGGUGUAUGACAAGGACAAACAUCCGGGGCCGUCGCUGCGAGUGAAGAAGACGGUUGGCGUUGAAACCAGCGUCGUUCUUCUAAAAGAGAAUGGAGUUAACCUCACGCUGACCAUCGUCGACACGCCGGGAUUCGGCGACGCCGUCGAUAACAGUAAUUGUUGGCAACCGAUCAUCGACUUCGUUGAAUCGAAGUACGAAGAGUUUUUGAACGCCGAAUCACGUGUCGCCCGCAAGGCGGCGCCGCCGGACACGCGCGUGCACUGCUGCCUGUACUUCAUAGCGCCGAGCGGGCACGGACUCAAACCCCUGGACGUCGAGUUCAUGCAGCGGCUCGGAGAUAAGGUCAACAUCAUUCCGGUCAUUGCUAAGGCCGAUACAAUGACGCCCGAGGAGUGCAAGGACUUCAAAGAACAGAUAAUGAAAGAAAUCGGUCAGCACAAGAUUAAAAUUUACGACUUCCCGGAGAGCACGGGCGAGGAAGGGGACGGCGCUGACGUCACCAAGUCGUUGCGGGCGCGGGUACCCUUCGCCGUCGUCGGCGCCAACACCGUCAUAGAGCAGGACGGGCGCCGCAUACGGGGCAGGAAGUACCCCUGGGGCAUCGCCGAGGUUGAAAAUUUGGAGCACUGCGAUUUUCUGGCGCUUCGGAACAUGGUGAUACGGACGCACCUUCAGGACCUGAAGGACGUGACCAGCUCUGUGCAUUACGAGAACUAUCGAUGUCGCAAACUGGCCGGACUCUCGCACGACGGGAAGCCGCACAGAACCAACUCUAAUAAGAAUCCAUUAGCACAGAUGGAAGAGGAAAAACGCGAACACGACCUAAAGAUGGAAAAAAUGGAGAGUGAAAUGGAACAAAUAUUCCAAACGAAAGUCCGCGACAAGCGCGCGAAGCUGAAGGAGUCCGAGGCGGAGCUGGCGCGGCGGCACGAGGCCACGCGGCGCGCGCUGGAGGCGCAGGCGCGCGAGCUGGACGAGCGGCAGCGCGCACUCAACGCCGAGCGCGCCGCCUGGGAGCGCGACACCGGCCUCUCGCUCGACGACCUGCGCAGGCGCUCGCUCGAGGCCAACAGCAAAGAAACCGUUGACGGCAAAGAAAAGAAGGACAAGAAAAAGAAAGAUUGGUCUUUUAAGAGUGUCGCAACUGGAAUAUCUAUAUAAGGUCUUCUUCAUACACGUCGAAUUGUAUUUUAGACAUAACGAAUUACAACGAUUAAACCAAGACUACCAGAGGCAAUAAAUAAGUGUAGAACAUCAGAUCUAUUAUUUAAAUGUUUCAAUUUAUGUACGAAUUCAAAUUAUUCCAUGACAAGGCAUUUAUUUUUUAAUGUAAGUGUGUGGGGCCUAAUUUUGUAUGAUGAUUUCUUUUUCGAAAAGUUUUUACAACGUUUUUGUCAAUAGCAGGGUUAGCCCAAACGUUUAAAUCACAUGUUUACGUCCAGAAAGAUGCCAAAUAGCUUUUAAUAAUAGAUCUGUUUCGAAGCCGGCAUGCGUGACGGUUCGACCCAACGAUGUGUGAUCUGUUUAGCUCAAAACCAAUCAAAAACGAAAAUGAAAAUAAUUUAAAUAUUAUAUAAUAUAGUAAGUAACUAUUACAUUCGUGACAAAAGAAAAUCGCUCUUGAUUAACAUAGGAGGCAAUUAGUGGUCUACAAUCGAUUUGUAUUAGAAAACAUUCUAAAGUUUUUAACGAUAAGUGAUAUUUUUAAUUCUAAUAUUUCGGCUUGAUCCGUGCAAUUUGGAAUACGCGUAUGUAUCGAAAUCGCACAGCGUUCGUUUUAGAAUAUACUCGAGUAUAUUGUGCUUAGUGAUACUAAUGUUAUGCUCAUAGCUCAGUUUUUGAUAUAGGAACUAGCUAGCCGAUAGCGCUCGGUAUAAGGACGCGAUCUCUCAACACGUGACAUGAACCAUUAAUUAUUUCGUUAAUCUGUCGAGAGAUUAUGUAAGGCUGGUCAUCCACUACGCUCGUACGCCGAUAGCUCCGCUAUAGGCCACGACUUGGCUAUGACGUGACACUGUUGAUUUAAUAGGCGAACGUUUACCGAUAGGCCGUAUCCUCAUCUGCCUAAUAAGUCGCCGAAGAAAAAUCUAAAAUUACUGGCGAGUACAACAAAAAAUGUACGGUUGCUUCAUAGUUUGUACUGCUUUUUAUUUUCGCACAGAAUACGAAUACAGAACAGUUGUGCGGUGCGCUAUAGGUUCGCGAACGUAGUGGACGCCUAGCUUAACAAGAUGACGAAUCAAUUCCUGUUUUAACUUUAAAAAGACUAAAUGUAUUUUAUUCUAUAUUAUUAUUUACUUGUGACGAUCAUUCGUGUAAAUAUUUUUUUUAUCGUUACACCUUAUUAUCUCUCAUUCGACUAUUGCACCUACUAUAUGAUUGAUAAAUGUAUAAUCCUUUUUUUUAAUCAGCAUGAUUUUGUAUUUAAACUACACUACAGUAUUGACUUCCACGUUAUUUAUUAAGAUGUUUUUAGGUUUAAGAACAUGCUUAGUUUCGUAUCGUUUUAGGCGAAUAUUCUACCGUGAUUUAUUAAUUUGCUUAGUCAUUACGAACCGGAAUGUUGGGAGAGCGAAGUUCGGACGGUGUAAUAUAUUGUACCUUUGAAUAAAUAAAUACGUAAUAUAUAGGAA